GCAGACACACCUGGCUCAGGUGGAGCUCUUUGACGAGGCCCUGCUGACCCUCACCCAGUGGAGCGAGAACUUCCUGUCUGUACUCAGAACGACUUCCCAGGUCAACAUAGCUGACCUGCAGGCUGCUGUCACCCAGGUCAAGGAGCAUGAGGAGUCCCUCCAGGGGCAGACAGCCCUGAGAGAGACCCUGCAGCAGAGAGAGUCCUCCCUCCUCUCCUUCUCCUCCCCAGAGGCCCAGCAGCAGCUCCAGGGCCAGAGGGAGGACUGCCUGCAGCCCCUCAGCGAAGCCCAACACCUGCUCCUUCUCCGUGGAGAGAGCCUGGCUGAGCUGGGGGUCUUCCUCCAGAGCCAUGGAGCUGCAGCCGGGGAGGUCAGGGGCCUCCGGGAGGCUGUGGAGGGCAGGGGGAGCUGGGACCGUUCGAAGGCUGAGGAGCUGCACCACGGGCUGGGAGAGGUGGCCGGGGAUGUGGCUCGUCUGGAGGCCCAGGCAGUGGGGUUGGAUGGGAGGCUCAGCAAGGCCCACCUCCACCUGAGUGGUGCGGAGUGGAAAGGCUCCAGGGAGGGGGGUCUGGGUCAAGGUCCCGGCCAGGGGAGGACGUCGUGCAGGGGCCAGGCUGUGGCCCUCAUGGUGGCCCUGGAGGGGGUGCAGCGAGGCCUGGGGUGGAGGCAGAGCCAGGCGGAGGCCCUGGGGGCACUGUGGACCUCCUUCAGGAAGAGGAGGGAGGAGGUGAUGAGGAGUCUGAGGGAGCUAGAGGAGAGGGCCAGACAGGAGGGGGCCAGAGAGAGCAGCGUACAAGCCUUUCAGAACAGUCUGCGAUUCUUUGUCCAGUUGGAGGAUGAGCUUCAGUCUCUGCAGCAUUCCCAGCAGUGGCUGAGGGAGAGGGGAAGCCAGCUGGCCCAGAGAGACAGUGAGCUGGCUGGGGAGGCACUCAGGGAGGUGGGCCUGGUGGAAACAGCCUGGGAGAACGUCAGGAAGAUCAUCACUGAUGGUCAGGAGCAGUGUGGACUCCUGGUGGAGCUGCUACGUCACUUCCAUUCCCUCAGGUCCACCCUCAGUUCCACUGUAGAGAACGCCUUGACCGUCACUCACAACCAGCCUGACCACAACCACAACCCAGAGGAGGCCAAGAGAAUACUCUCACGGCACGAGGCAGUGAUAGCUGAGCUGAGAGGAAGACAGGAGGACAUGGACCUGUUCAUCAGUUCAGGAGAGGACCUGCAGAGAGAGCUGGCAAACGUGCCACACUGUGGCUCCGACAGCAUCCAGAAAGGCAUGGACACACUCAGGGACCAGUGGCUGCAGGUAUCAGAGAGGAUCCAGACCAACGCUGAGAGACUAGGCCAUUGUGUGUCCCUAUGGGAUGACCUUAAGACCAUGGAACGGGAUAUCGACCAAUGGGCAGCAGCCUCCAUCGCUGACCUCACUGAGGGUGUGGCCAAUCUUAGUGACAAGCAGGGGACAGAAACACACCUUGCCACUUUCCAGGCGGAGGUGGAGAUGAGAGAACAGAGGCUGGAUGCCUUGCAGGAGAGGCUGACCAAGCUCCAGGACCUGGCCAAGCUCCAGGAGACACCCAUCCAGCUGCAGGUGAUGGAGUGUGACCUGAGGAAGAAGAUCAGUCAUGCCCAGGAGGUGUUUGACCAGGCCAGACAUUCUCUGACCUACUUCAGCUUCCAGAAGCAGCGCCUGGAGGACCUCAUGUCCCAGAUGGCCGAGCGGCUGGAGACCGUGGAGAGCUCCCUGUCUGACCUGACGGAACCCUCCGGACCAGAGGAUAUGAUUCAAGUCAAGGAUCUCCAAAGUGCCCUCCAGCAGCAGAGGGGUGAUAUAGACAUGGCCAGGGAGACGCUUAGUUCACUCUGUAGGUCCCACCCCUCCCAAGAGCUGACCCAUAUGUCCUCUGACCUCACCCUGCUGGCCAAGAGGACCGAGGCUGCAGCACAGCUCAGCUCCAGGACCCGCGGGACUCUGCAGGACGCACUGCAGCUACGUUUCAACAAUGUCGUUCAAGAGUUUAACUCCUGGCUCUCUGAACGGAAGGCGGAGCUAAAAGAAUGUUCUGACCAAUCAGGAGAUGUCACCUCCCUGGGAAACAAGGUGGAGAGGCUAAAGGUGGCGCAGGAGCGUGUGGAGGAGGGCGAGCAGCACCUUGGUCAGGUGUGUGGUGAGGCAGAGAGGCUGCUGCUCCACCUGCCUAAGGCGGGGUCGGGACAGGUGCAGGAGCGCCUCUCCUCCUGCCAGAGGGACUGGGAGGGGUACAAGGAGGGGUGCAGACAGACCCAACAAGACCUGGAGGAGGGAAUCACCCUACUGACAGAGUUUGAGGGCCGUGUGGAGGGACUAAGGGACUGGCUGGAACAGAUGGAGCGUAGCCUGAAGAGAGAGCCUCCUCUGGGGGGAGAGGAGCAGCCAGGAGUCCCUGACAGCACUGACGAGCUGGAAAGAGUGGAAGAGAUCCACAGAAAGCUGCUGACAAAGAGGAGUUCUCUGGAUCGUCUCAGCCAGGAAGCCCAGUCUCUGCGUGAGGCAGGUCGAGGCUGUGGAGGGGAGGUGAAGGCCACAGCCCAGCUCCAGACCCACCACCAGACCUUGCUGCAGGGGACCAGGGAGCGCCUGAGAGGGUGCCUUGAGAGCCAGGCAUUCGGAGAGACCCUGCAUGGGGUGUGGCUUUGGCUGGAGGACAUCCAGGAGCGUCUGGGAAGUCUGGGCAGCACUAUGGGCAACAAAAAGGAGCUGGAAGAGAGGCUGGAGCAAGUGCAGGACAUCCUGCUUCUGAAGGGUGAGGGCGAGGUGAAGUUGAACAUGGCGGUGGGGAAGGGUGAAUUGGCCAUCAGGAGCAACAGUGCAGUGGCGGGACAGGAAGUGAUCCGCUCUCAGCUGCAGGAAGUGGAGGACGUGUGGGCCACGCUGCUGGUGACUGCCAUGAGCUGCCACAGUCGUCUGGAGUGGACGGUGGCCCAGUGGGGGUGUUACCUGGACAGUGAGGCCCAGCUGCAGUGCUGGUUGGAGGCAGUGGAGGGGGACAUAUGUGGCCCUCUCAUCCCCCAGCCUGGCCUCAGAGAGAAGGCUUCCCAGCUGGAGAGACUGCAGACCCUGCUGGCUGACCUCCAGGAACACCAGGGGUCCCUAUCCAGUCUGGAGGAGAGGGCGGCAGAGCUCUUCAAGAAGACCGGGGAUGCAGCUUUCAGCCAGGAGGCCCGCGCUGAGUUGCAGGGGCAGUUUGAUGACCUCAUAGCACUCGUAGAGGAGAGGGUGGGACUAUCAGAGGGCGUGGUCAGGGAACACCAGCAGUACCUGGAGACUGUGAGGGAGCUCACUGAUUGGCUGAUGUCAGCAGGGGAGGAACUACAGCGCUGGUCUGAUACAUUGGGAGACUCCGUCUCUUUACAGAGGAGGCUAUCAGAAGUGCGGGAGCGGGUGGAGUGUCGGUUGCUGGAGGGCCGUGAUCGUCUCAGUCGCGUGCGUCGGAGCAGUGGAGCCACAGCUGAACACACAGCGGCUGGAGGGUGUGAGGCCAUGGACCGCCAGCUAGGGGCGCUAGCCCAGGCUCUGGAGCAGUGGGAGGGGGCCGCCCUGAGAGCCCGCGACGGCCUGGAAAGGGCCCUCACCACGGCAACAGAGCAGAAGCAGGAGUACGAGCGUCUGACCGCCAGGAUGGAGGAGGAGCUUAGGGAGCUUGAUGGGCGGCUAAAGGGGUGGAGCCAGGAGCUGAGCAGAGCGGAGGGAAGGAGCAGUGGGGAGGAGGCAGUGGAGGGGUGGCAGCAGGCUAAGGAGACACUGGAGGGCUUGCUGAGUGCUGAGCCCAUGGCAGACAGGCUGAAGGCUCAACUCAAUGACCUGGUCCGCUACUCCAGAGACCUGGGACCCCACUCAGACAGGGUCACUGCUCUCAUCAAACAACACAACAGUCUGAGUCUGCGUGCAUCCAGAGAGUGCCAGAAUAAGGAGCGUCUGCUGGAGCAGAGGUUCAGAGCAGCCCUCAGGGACUUCCAACAGUGGCUGGUCAACGUUAAGAUCAGCACGGCCAAGUGUUUUGACAUCCCCCAGAGUGUCACUGAGGCCUCCACUGGCCUACUGAGGAUACAGGAGUUUCUGAAUGACAGGGAGCAUGGCCAGGCCAGACUGAGUGCAGUGGGGACCAGUGGAGAGCUGCUCAUGGCUGUCGUGCCUAAAGACAGAGAGGAGGGGGUCAAGGCCAAGGUGGCUAACGCCAGAGACGACUGGAAGAGCCUCAUGACCAACCUUCAGAUGAGAGAGACUGCGCUAAAGAACCUGCAGUCUCAGAUGAGAGACUUUGAGGUCAGCACUGAGCCGCUCCAGGAUUGGCUGAACAGCACUGAGGUCAUAGUACAGGAGAGCAGCGCUCGACUACAUGACCUCCCUGCCAAGAGACAGGAGCUUAGCAAGUUACAGCGUGUGUUGGAGGAGCUGUCAUGUCGUGAGGCUGAGCUGGGCAAACUGAGGGAGAGGGCCCACCGGCUCUGGGAGGGCCAGGCUGCAGGGAAGGGCUUCGUCCACCGUGUGUCCCAGCUGUCUGCACAGUACCUAGCCCUCAGCAACCUGACCAAGGACAAGGCCUCCAGGAUAGAGCGUAUCGUAGGGGAGCACCGUCUGUUCUCCCAGGGUCUGACGGAGCUCCAGAACUGGGUGUCUGAGGCUGAGAGGAUCCUGAACACCUGCCUCUCCCCCACCGCCGACAAGACUGUACUGGAGGACAGGAUGAUACAGCUGGAGGCCCUGUUGGCGGCCCGUCAGGAGAGGGAGAUCCAGCUGAAGAUGUUGCUGACACGUGGUGAGGCUGUCCAGAGAAACACCUCUGCUGAGGGGGUCCCCGUGGUCCGAAAACAGAUCCAGGACCUUAAGGACUCCUGGGACUCUCUGCUGUCUGCCUCCAUCCAGUGUAAAAGUCAGCUGGAGGGGGCCCUGUCCCAGUGGACCAGCUACCAGGAGGACGUGGGCCAGUUUAUCAUGUGGAUGGAGCGCGUGGAGACCACUCUGGGCUGCUCAGACAGACAGUACUCUGAGAUGAGAGACAAGACCGCCAACCUGGGAAAGACCAAGCUUCUCUAUGAGGAGGUCCUGAGCCACAGCAGUCCAUUAGAGACCAUCGCUACCAAGGGCUCCAACAUGGCUGAACAAUACACUACCCAUCAGGAGGUACACAGCCUACAGGAGAGAUACACCGCCAUCACAGACAAGGCCAAGGCUGCAGUCUACAAGGCUAAGGAUCUGGUCCUGGCCCAUCAGGAGUACCAGAGGGGGCUGCACAUGUUUGAAGACUGGCUGGAGCAGGAGCAGGGAACCCUGGGCUCUCUGUCCCACCCAGAGGGGGAUGUGGACACCCUGGAGAACACACUACAGCAGAUACAGCUCCUCCAGGAGCGCUGCUCCCAGGGCCAGUCCCUGCUCUCUUCCCUGCUGUCAAGCAGGGAAGGGGUGAUUCCGUGGGGCGCGCCUCAGAUUGAGGACCGAGCCCUAGACACGGCACAGCGUGAGUGGGGGGCCUAUCAGGCCCGGCUGGGGGAGACUAGGGCCACGCUGGGUUCUACCCUGGGCAGGCUCAGGCAGAUGGGCCAGAGGUUCCAGAGCCUGGUCCUGUGGCUGGAGGACAUGGAGGGGAAGGCCAACAUCCGUGGACAUCGCAGGUCUGACAGCGCUUCCAAGGAUGCCCAGCUAAAGCAGCUCCAGCUGUGGCAGGAAAGUGUGCUAGCCCGGCAGAGCGAGGUGGAUGGGCUGUCUGCUCUGGCCCAGCAGGUCCUGGAGGAGACCCACAUCAGCAGCCGGGUCAGCACCAGAGCCACCCAGCUCACUGCCCGAUACCACGCCCUGAUUCUCAACAUACAGGAGACCAUCAAGCAGCUGAAGGAGGAGCUUAGGAGCAUCGAGGAGGCAGAGAAACUCUGUGUGUCCUUCUCUGAUUGGCUUAGAUCAGCCCAGAAGAACUUCAAAACAGUGACAGCCAGCACGGAGGCUCUGGACCGGGUUGCCAUGGAGAGGAAGAUGAAGAAAGUAGAGACUCUCCAGGCUGAGCUUCAGCAGGGCCAUGGCCUGCUCAAGGCCCUCAGGGAGCGGGCAGAGCGGGCUGCAGGCUUCCUGGAGGAGGCUGGAGCUGAGGGGCUGGGAGGGGAGGUGGAGGCUAGGCUAGCCCAACUGGAGGAGCUAGCCGGUGGGCUGCGGCAGGAGCACAGCACCCUGGAGAGGGCUGUGUGUCUGGCCAAGGAGUUCCAGGACAGGUACAAGGCCCAGGCCCAGUGGGUGGUGGAGACCAGAGCCAUGCUCAGUGCCCCCCUGGAACCUAAAGCUGAACUGUACCAGAAGAGAGCACAGCUGGCCAAGUACAAGGCGUUGUUGCAGACGGUCCAGUCCCAUGACUCGGCAGUGAGGUUGGUGGUGGAGAAGGGAGAGUCUCUGCUGCUUUCAGUCCAGUACCCCUCCAUCAGAGACAACAUGAACAGACUACAGACGGACUACACUGAGCUAGGCAACGCUGCCACUGCCCAUGUGCAGCGCUUGGAGGGCCAGGUGAAGGAGCAGGAAGUGUACCAUGUGGAGCUACAGGAAGUGGAGAGGUGGCUGCUGCAGAUGUCCAGCAGGAUGGUGACCCCUGACCCCGCAGCUGGCGGAGGCCUUGAGGCAGCCACUCAGCAGCUGGCCAGUCACAAGGCCAUCAUGGAGGAGAUAGCAGGCUUUGAGGACCGCCUGUCUGGGCUGAAGGAGAGGGGAGAUGACCUGGUGGAGGGCUGCAGUGAGCGUGUGCAGAGCAGGCUGAGACAGCAGGUCCAGGCUCAGCAGCAAGGCACCCGAGACAGCUACUCUGCCAUCUGCAGCACGGCACAGAGAGUGUACCAGAGUUUGGACCGUGAGUUGCAGAGGCAUGUCAGUCUGCAGGAUGCUCUGCAGCAGUGUCAGACCUGGCUGGUGUCAGUCUCAGAGGAACCAGAGCCCACUGCACAUCUCCCUCUCAGCCUGGAGGAGGCGCUACAGCAGGUGAAGCAUGAGCGGACUCUCCAGGAGCAGGCCAGUACCUACCUACAGCUGGUGUGUUCUACCUGUGACCUUUCAGAGCAGAGGGUGAGGGAGACCGCCCAAGACAUCCAGCAGGUCAAACUACAGAUCGAGGAGAGGAUGCUGGUGUGUGAGGAGGUGGCAGAGAGCUGGAGGGAUGUUCAGGAGCAGCGGGCUGAUCUGGAAGCUCAACUCAGAGAGACAGAGCAGCAGCUGCAGAACCUCUCCAGGAGACCGGCUGAACUGGAGCCCAAGAUCACCCAGAACCAACUGGAUCAGGCACAGGAGUUCCUCCAGCAGCUCAGAGUGAAGCAGGUCGACGUCACCCAGCUGAGGGAGGCUGUGGCUGGGCUGACGGAGGGCCAGUCCUCCCCUGCCCUGGAGGAGAUGGGAGGUCUGAGGAGGGCCUGGGAGGAGUUGGGGCAGAGGGCUGAAGAGCUGGAGGGGCAGAGGGGUGAGGACAUGCAGAGGAGCGGAGAGUACCAUGACUGUGUGGCUGCCGUGGAGGAACUCUUCCACCAGGUGUCCAGAGAGUGGGACUACCUGGCCAGGGCAGACACAGAGAGCACCAGUGAGCACCUGGAGGCUCUGAGAAAGCUGUGUUGUGACCUGGAGGACCAGAGAGGAACUCUAGAGGAGCUGAGGGACCAGAGACAGGCUGUCCUGCCACGCCUCAGCCUGCUGGACAAGGAGCUGGUCAAACAACAGGUGGGCCACUUGGAGAAGCGCUGGUCCCAGCUGGACAGCCUGAUCCAGGGGAAGAUCCAGGACUCUUCCCAGACUCUGGAGGACCUUGGUCGGGUGGAAGCCCAACUGAGGGAGGCCCGGGAGUGGAUGGAGGAGCAGCGCCCUGCUCUAACAUCAGCCCUGAAGACCAGCCCUCCUCCAGACCUGGCCCAGAGCUUCCUGUUUGACCACCUGAGUGUGUGUGUGGAGCUGGAGGCCCGGGGGCAGCUGCUGGGCCAGGCAGUGAGCGAGGCCCAGCGCGUGGCCUCUAGGCUGGGGCUGAGCGAGAGGAGACGCCUGCAGGAGCUGGUACUCCAGGCCGAGGGAGAAGUAGAGGCACUGGGGGCCAGGGUGAGCCAGCGGAGGAAGUACCUCAGCAAGGCCUUCACGGAGCGGACCCAGUUCCUCCAGGCUGUGGGGAGGGCUCUGACCUGGGUCCAGCAGCAGGAGAGGAAGGCUUUAAUGGACGACCACGUGGCUCUCCUCCCUGACGACCUGACCAAGCAGGUGGUGACGUGCCGAGGGGUCCAGAGCGGCCUGCGGGCCUACCAGGGGGAGUUGGCCUCUCUGUGGGUCCAGGGUCGUGACCUGGAGAGGGACGCCACGGACCAGGAGCGGGGGGAGACCGUGACCAGGCUGGAGGAGCUCCAGAGGGUCUUUGAGACGGCCUUCCAGAGAACCACCCAUCGCCUGCAGGACCUGGACAGAGCCCUGACCUCCAGGAAGUACUUCAAGGUCGACCUGGAUAGGACGUGUCACUGGCUGAGACGGGCAGAUGGCAUUACCUUCCCCGAGAUUGACUUCACCUGCAACGCCGAUGACGAUUCGGAACUGCAGGGUCGACUGGCGAAGUUCCAGAACGUUCUAGAGCAGGCGUCGGAAUACGAGAACCUCCUACUCAUCGUCCAGAGGGUGGGGCAGGAGAUUCUCCCCUCGCUAAAGGAGGUAGAUCACUGCUACCUGGACGAAAAGCUCAACGCCCUCCCUCAACAAUACAACAGCAUCCUAGCAUUAGCCAAAGAGAAGAGGGACAGGAUCCAGCAGGCUAUCCUAGAGAGAAAGGACUAUGACUGCUUCUUCAAUGUCACUUGUAGAGCAUUAGAGGAGCUUCAAGAGCAGUUAGACGGUUUAGCGAAACGGACAGUCAGUAUUCAAGAACAGGAAGUUGUUCAUCUCCAUCAUGACUAUAGAGAUCUGUCUGAAAGCCUGUCUCAGCUCAGCCCUGCGGUGAGAGAGCUGAGGAGGAAGACUGAGGGGUUUCUCAGCAGGGGCCAACGAUGCCAUGCUGAGGAGACAGAACAGCUGGUUAACCUUCAUGACAAUCUGAAGAGGACCAUUGACCAGAGACUGAAACAUCUUGACGACUCAUUGAAAACAUUGGCAGAGUAUAAUGCAACAUCAGCAAAACUAGACUCUGAGUUGAAGUCAGUGAAAGAGCAGUUCACUAGAAUGAAGUCAGACUCAGACACCACAUUAUGUGGCACAGAGAGACUGACGAGUCUUUACACACUGCUGGAAGAUCUGGAAAGGAUGGGCUCUCACCUGGAGAGACUCACCCAACAUACAGAAGACCUGGGAUUGAACUGUGAUCCUGCCGCCAUCCAGGCCUCCAGAGAGGUAGUGACCUCGCAUCAAAAAGAGCUGCAGUCCGUAAGGUCUGAAGUAAAAGAUUGUGUUACAGAAUGUGAAAACUGUCUCAAGAAGGACAAAGAAUUUGAGAAAGAGACUGGGCAGACAUCAGAUUGGCUGAAGAGUCUGAGGAAGAAGCUUGGGGAACCAUUGACCCUUCCAGAGGUGAAAGUUGAGAUGGUAGAGGAGGAGGUCAGGAGACUGAAGGUGGUAGAGGAAGAGGUGCAGUCCAGAAUGAGGGUAGCAGAUGCCAUGGGCAGCAGGGAGAAGCAGAGAUACACCAGUAGAAACGAGGACUGCCCUGCCCAUGUGGAGGCUAACCUAGAGGAGCUGGCUAAACUGAGGGCUGACGUCCAACAAGCACUUAGAACCAAGCAGCUGAGCCUGGAUCAGACUCUGUUCCUGGUCCAGAGGCACCAAUCCACCCAGCAGUCAGCCCGCAAGUGGCUUGACGAAGCUGGGGCUUUUCUCCAGAGAACCACCCUGGGAAUAGAGCUGGAGAACCAGACAGAGAGCCUCAGGGAGCUGGAGGAGAUCUCAGCCCAGGAACCGGCCUUCAUGGCUAAACUAGAUGAGCUGGAGACCCUGGGUGCUCAGCUGGAUGGUCUGGUGGGGCUGGGAGUGACGAAGGAGAUGAAAGAAAGUGAAAGAAAGAAAGAAGGUGUGGAGGUAAUGCGACAGAAGGGGUCAGAGGUCAAAGAGCAGAUGAAGGGUUACCGGGAGGAUCUGCAGAGCUGUGCUGCUCAGUGGAGCUCCUUCCAGACGGAGAGAGAGGAGCUGAUUGGACAGAUGAAUGAAACAGGAAGUAUGAUGACUGCGUUCCCCUCGGCGAAGGCAGCCAAUAGCCAGGAGGCUGAGGACAAACUCCAGAGUUACAAGUCUCUGGUGAUUCUGAUUGAUGGGUGUGAACCCACCCUGACUGGCCUGAAAGAGAAGGCCACAGAUUUGGCUCUGGUUGGGUCUGAGUCCAGCAAAGCUGCUAUUGGUCACUCUGUGUCAUCUUUAUGGCAACGUUGGACCCGCCUGCGCAGCGUGGCGCGAGCCCAGGAGAGAGCGCUGGAGGACACAGCUCGGGACUGGAGGAGCUUCAGGGAGAAGAUGGAGAAGGUGCAGUCUGUGUCAGUAGACCUCCAUGCUCGUGUGCCAGACAGCACAGUGGAGAAGGCAGCCACCAGGGCAGCGCUACAAAACCUGUUGGAAUACCAUGACUCCUUCAGCCUGGAGGUGGAGAGAGAGCAGUCAGCCCUGGCCCUGCUGGGGCAACACACCCUCGGCCUGAUAGGAGAGGACCAGGAGGAAGAGGAUAUGGAGAUGGAGAAAACUGACAAGACUAGAGAAGAGACACCCUGUCUGAAGGAGAUCAGGAGUAUGCUGGAUAUAUAUGAGAGCCUGGUGCUGCAGGUGCGUGGUAGCAGGGCCCAGGUGCAGCAGGAGCUGAGGGAGAGGGAGGAGGUGGAGAGGGAGCUAGGACUGGUGAAGGGAUGGAUUCAGGACACCAGGGGACUGCUACUGAGCCCUUCAUCUGACCUGGACUCACUGCUGCAUGAGCUAGAGACAGCCCAUGGUGAGGUCAUCAGUAGGCGCCAGAGUGUGGAGAGGAUGGUGGAGCUGCAACAGAACAAGUACCAGGACCUCCAGGCAGCCCUGCCCUCUGAACUGAGCAUGCAGCUGGCUGAGGUGACACUCGCCCUGGGCUCCGCUGAGGACCAGGUCCAGUCGAGGGAGAGAGAGGUGCAGCAGACCAGAGAUGUGAAGGAGGACUUUAGUUCCAGACUGCAGGACAUUGAGGGGAAGUUGAAGACCAUCUCUCUGAAGAUCAGUGAGAAGGCUACAGACCUGGAGCAGGCCAAGGAGGAAACCAAGUGUCUGUGUGAAGAGUGUGAGGGAUGUGGUCGCUCCCUGGCUGAGCUGGUUGUAGCAGUACAGGAGUUUGGGGACCAGAACCCUCUACUGUGUAAGCAGCUGGGAGACGCCCUGUCCAGACUGGCUGAGGUCCAGCGCCUGACCACACAACAGGCCCAGGAACGGGCCAACCAACUACACAAGGCAGAGCAGCAGCUGGAGGAGUAUAAGGGGAUGAGGCAGUUCCUACUGGGCUGGGCUGAGAAAGCAGAGACCCUGGUCACUGGCAACAUAAUCUGGAGCUCCGCCUCCCAGCUUCAGGAGCAAAUCAGAGCCCACCAGGCGGUGCUGCGAGAGUGUCGUGGUCUCCAUGGUGACCUGGAGGCCAUGGGGGAAAGGGAAGGGCAGCUGGCGGAGGUGCUACAGACGGAGGGGUGGAGCCAGCAGGUGAAACAACUGAGCAGAUGCACUGAGGAGUUGCAGCAGAGCGCAAAGACACGCCUCCAGAGCCUGCAGGAUGCCGCCAAGGACAUGGUUCGCCUGGAGGCUGAGGUGAAGACCCUGCAUGACUCUCUGGACCAGGCCCAGCUCACACUCACCUCUCCUGAACUAGCACGACUCAGCCUCAGGGAGCAGCUCACGCACAGACAGCGUCUGUUGGUGGAGAUGGAGGCCUUCAAGCAGCAGGUGCAGGCGGUACAGCUGUGUCAGAGCGCCCUCCGGCUGCCGGAGGAGGUAGUGGCCAGCCUGUCCAUCUGCAGAACAGCCCAGAGCCUGCAGCAGGAGGCCAGCCAGCUGCAGCACACCACAAUCCAACAGUGCAACAUUCUACAGGAGGCCGUGGUGCAGUAUGAGCAGUAUGAGCAGGAAGUGAGGAACCUCCAGAGGCUUAUAGAGGAAGCUCACCGCAUCAUACAGGACCGACCCGUUUCAACCAGUAACAUACAUGAACUACAGGCCCAGAUACACCACCAUGAGGAGCUAGCCCUGAAGAUCCGAGGCUACCAGGAGCAGAUAGCGUCCCUGAACUCCAAGUGUAAGAUGCUGACGGUGAAGGCCAAGCACGCCACCAUGCUGCUGACGGUCAGUGAGGUGGAGGGGUUGUCUGACGGCAUGGACGAGCUCAGCGACGAGGAGCUGCCCACCAAACAACCGCCGGCACACCCCUCCGUCGUCAUGAUGACAGCAGGCCGCUGUCACACACUCCUCUCCCCCGUAACAGAGGAGUCAGGGGAGGAGGGCACCAACAGCGAGGUCUCCUCUCCCGCCUGCCGCUCCCCCUCACCAGGGGCUAACGCUGACACUCCCCUUAACCAGGGCCGGGCCCCUCUGAGUCGGGCCCCUCUACAGGAGCUGUAUGACCCCUCUCUAGAGUCCAAUGCCAACCUGGAUGACCUGCAGCGCUCCUGGGAAACACUCAAGAAUGUGAUCAGUGAGAAGCAGAAGACUCUGUAUGAGGCUUUGGAGCGCCAGCAGCACUACCAGGAGUCCCUCCAGUCAAUCUCCACCAAGAUGGAGUCUAUAGAGGGAGCUCUCAAUGAGGGCCUAGAGUCCCGCAAGAGCCCUGAGAGCCAGAUGGCUGCACACCAGGCCCUGAUGGAUGAGAUCCUGAUGCUACAGGAUGAGAUUGGGGACCUGCAGACCUGUUUCAGUGAAGAGCUGUGUGACGGCCUGGACAGUGACAGUGACCCAGGGGACCAGCUGGCCCUCCAUUCCACCCUGACCGUCCUGGGAGAGAGGAUGGCCACCAUCCGCAUGAAGGCCUCUGGGAAACGGCAGCUAUUGGAGGAGCGUCUGAGUGAGCAGCUGGAGGAGCAGAGGCAGGAGCAGGCGCUGCAGCGUUACCAUAGUGAGGCAGAGGAGCUCGACCAUUGGUUGCUCAGCACCAAGGCCACACUAAGCUCCGCCCUUCAGCCACACCCAGAGGACAUGGACAUGGAGGAGCAGCUGAUCGACUGCCAGAAUAUGCUGUUUGAGAUUGAGCAGAAGGUGGCCUCCCUGUCAGAGCUAUCGGUCCACAGUGAGAGCCUGCUGCUGGAGGGGCGGGCGGGGACGCGCGGGGAGGCCGAGCAGCUCACCUUUAAACUCCACUCCCUUAAAGACAGCCUGGUGGAGCUGCAGAGGAUGUUGCAGGACAAACAGGUCGACAUCCAGGGUUCAUUGCAGGAGCAGGAGGACAGUGAGCCAGACUCCAUCCUGUCCCAGAGUCCCAACAUACAGGACUGGCUGUCCCAGGCCCGCUCCACACGCACACAACAGCACCAUGACAACCUGCUACGACAGAAGGAGCUGGAGGAGCAGCUGGCAGAGCAGAGAAGGCUACUGAAGUCUGUAGCCAGUGUAGGGGAGGAGAUUCUCAGCCAACAGACCACACCCAAUGGAGACAGUGAGGGAACGCCUGGUGUGUUGUUAGAGGCAGAGACCUUGACCCCUCAUGACCAGAUGAGACAGAGAUGGGAGAAUCUGAGUAAAGACCAGAGCACCAAACUCCAGCUGUCUCUUAACUCCCUGGAGCAGGAGCAGCUCAGUCCGGUGCUCCACAGGUCAUGUGUGUCCAGCCCAGGGGUGGUGUUCAGGAGGGAGGCGCUGGGACAAGACCCUUACUUCCCCAGGGCUCUGUUGGAGGGCUGCAGCCAGACUCUAGAGAGGCUAGCCCAAGAGCCAGAAGGCGUUUCUGACAAUAAGCAGGACGUGCCCUGGGUUGUGUCGGUGCAGGAGGAGCUGUAUGCGGCUGUGUCUGCUGCUUCGUCCUGGCUGGACAGUGCUGAGAACAACGUCCUCUCUGGUCCUGUGCUGCUGUCAGAGGACACUGAGACACAGCUCUCUAACCUGGAGGGCCUGAGUAAAGAGGUAAGGGAGGUGACAGGGGAGAUGAGCAAGUGCAGGGAGCUACUGGGGGGAGGAGGUGGAGCAGCAGGAGGAGGGAGGAGGCUGUAUGGAGGGGAGGAGCAGGCCCUGAUGGAAGACACUCUGGAUGGGCUGCAGGAGAGGCUGGGCCUGCUGGACCAAACCCUGGAGCAACACUGUGACUGUAUGAGAGACCGACUGCAGGAACACACCGGCUUCCAGACGGAGCUGAGGCUGCUGUUCACAGCUCUCAGUGAGAGUAAACACCAGCUGCUGCAGAGGACGGCUGGAGCCAUAGACAGGCCUGCACCCAAACAGAUGGAGACAUUAUCCGAGGUGGAGGAUGGUCUGAGGGAAUUUGAGCAGAGGGUAGCAGAGCUCAGGAGCAGAGCGGAGGGACGACAGCCUGACCAGAUCUCCAACCAGGAGCUUCUCAAACUACAGGAUGCCUACGAGGAGCUGGUGUUGAUGGUAGGCUCCAGGCGUAGCAGUUUGAACCACAGCCUGUCUCUGAAGGCCCAGUAUGAGAGUGCCCUGCAUGACCUCACAGACCUGGUCGACACCGCACAGGACAAGAUGGCCGCCGACCAGAAGAUGACCGUGGGCUCUGUCAUAGAAGUGCAGAUACUCCUGGACAAGCACAAGGAGUUUUUCCAGGGUUUGGAGUGUCAUAUGAUCCUGACCCAGACAUUCUACAGUAAGGUGAGCGGCCUGGUGGUCCAGAGGGAGAGCCAGGUCCUGGAGGAGACCCUGGCCCUGGCCAACAACGUCCUCAAACAGGCCCACCGUAGAGGGGUCGAGCUGGAAGGAAUACUGGAGUCGUGGAGCAUGCUGGUGGAGGACUACCAGGCUCUGUACAGGCAGCUGGAGGCAGUAGAGUGUAGUAUCCCUACGGUGGGCCUGGUGGAGGAGACAGAGGAGAGACUCAGCGACAGGAUCACUCUCUACCAGCGUCUGAAGACCAGCCUGACAGAGCACCAACCCCAGCUCUAUCAGGUGAUGGAAGAGGGGAAGAGGCUGCUGCUGUCUGUGUGUUGCUCAGACCUGGAGAACCAGCUAACCCAGCUAGGGGAACACUGGCUCUGCUCCACCACCAAGGUCAACAAGGAGCUGCACCGCUUCGAUUCCACCCUCAAACACUGGAGCAGGUACCAGAGUGAGUCAGCAGAGUUGAGUCAGUGGUUGCGGUCAGCUCUGGACCGUCUGGAGUUCUGGACCACACAGUCUGUGACCGUACCUCAGGAGCUGGAGACGGUCAGAGAUCACCUGUAUGCCUUCCUGGAGUUCUCUAAGGAGGUGGAUGCUAAGUCCUCUCUGCGCUCCUCAGUGCUGAGUACAGGCAACCAGCUGCUGCGGCUGAAGAGGGUGGACACGGCUGGUCUGAGAUCAGCUCUGGCCCAGGUGGACACCCAGUGGGCUGAGCUGUUCACACGCAUCCCAGUGGUACAAGAAAAACUUCACCAGCUGCAGAUGGAGAAGCUGGCGUCGCGUCACGCCAUCACAGAGCUGAUGAGCUGGAUCUCUCUCAUGGAGAACGUGAUAGCGGAGGACCAGCAGAGGAUCAUGGGAGCAGUGGGGUCAGAGGUUGUUCAGGACUACCUACAGAAGUACAAGGGGUUCAGUAUAGACCUGACAUGUAAACAGCUGACGGUGGACUUCGUCAACCAGUCGGUGCUCCAGAUCAGUAGUCAAGAUGUGGAGGGGAAGCGCAGCGACAAGACCGACUUCGCCGAGCGCCUGGGAGCCAUGAACCGCCGCUGGCAGAUACUGCAAGGCCUCAUCAUUGAGAAGAUCCAGCUGUUGGAAGGCCUGUUGGAGCGCUGGAUGGAGCAUGAGAAUGGUGUUCAGGCCCUGAAGACCUGGCUGACCCUGCAAGAAGACAAACUGAAGAAGAGACACCGGAUAGAUGACGUAGCAUCGGUGCAGAAUGCACUCAAAGACUGUCAGGAGUUGGAAGAGUUAGUGAAGGAGAAAGAGAAGGAUUUGGAGAAAGCUGAAGAGAGAGGGAGCAGACUCAUCCAGGAAAAGAGGGGGCAGGCCUGCUCUGUUGUUAUGGAGACCCUUAAAGGGUUGAACCAGUCCUGGGCCAACCUGGACAAUAUGAUUGGUCAAAUGAAGGUGAGUCUGCGGUCAGUGCUGGAGCAGUGGACUCUGUACCGCCGUGCUGCUGAGGAGAUCAACGGUUACCUGAUGGAGGGGAGGUACUCCGUGUCCCGGCUACACCUGCUCACAGGCUCCCUGGAGGCUGUACAGCAACAGGUGGAAAGCCUGGAGAACCUGCAGGAGGAGUUAGACAAGCAGGAGAGCAGUCUGAGGAAGUUUGGCUCUGUCACACAUCAGCUGCUGACAGAGUGCCACCCAUCUGUGGCAGACACACUGGACGGAGCCCUCCGGGACGUCAACAUCAGGUGGAACAGUCUGCUGGAGCAGAUCUCAGAACAGCUGAGGUGCAGCAAGGCUCUGCUGGGUCUGUGGCAGCGCUACACAGAGCUGUAUGACCAGAGUGUCUCUGCUGUACACAAACAGGAGGAGAGGGCCGACAGGCUGCUCAAGAGUGCCACCGACAGAGACGUCACGGAAGAUGAAAGCAACGCAUGGAUUAGAGACUGCAGCGAGUUGCUGGGUGCCCAGGCAACAGUACAACAGUCUCUACUACAGCUGCAGCAGCUGGGGGAACAGCUAAAGACUCAGGUUGACGCCUCCUCCAUGGCAGCCCUCCAAUCAGACUGCCUGUCACUCACACAUCGCCUAGCAACGCUGGAGCACGCCCUGCACAGGCAGCAGGAAGUACUGCAGUGUGGAGCUGACGACUGUGAGCGUUUUAAAGAGCAGUUGGACUCUCUGACCUGUCAGGCUGAGGAGGCUGAAGAGGUUCUGAGGGAGUCCGACCCAGUCGAAACACCGGACCACUCUGUCAUACAGGAGCGCAUGGAAAAACUCAAGAGCCAGAUGUGUAAGUUGAGCAGCCAUUCUCCUGAUCUAGAGCGUGUGAACGAGCUGGCCUACAGACUGCCCCUGAACGACAGAGAGAUCAAACGCCUCCAGAGCCUCAACAGAGCCUGGACCACCCACUCUGCACACCUGACUGAGAGAUUCAGUAAGCUGCAGGCGGUGUUGCUGCAGCAGCAGAGCUUCCUGCAGAAGUGUGAGGACUGGAUGGACUUCCUGUCCCAGACGGAACAAAAGUUGGCCGCUGAGACCUCUGGGAACUACCACAGCCUGCUGGAGCAGCAGAGAGACCACGAGUUGUUCCAGACAGAAAUGUUUAGCAGGCAGCAGAUUCUCUACUCCAUCAUCAGUGACGGCCAUCGCCUGCUGGACCAGGGACAGGUGGACGACAGGGAUGACUUCAGCCUCAAACUGGCUCUGCUGGGUAACCAAUGGCAGGGUGUUGUGAGGCGGGCCCAGCAAAGGAGAGGGAUAAUUGACAGCCUGGUCCGCCAAUGGCAGCGCUACAGGGAGAUGGCGGAGAAGCUGCGGCGAUGGUUACAGGAAGUGUCUCGCGACCCGGAAGUGCAUCAACAGGGAGAGGCGGUGGCCUUACAGGAGGCCAGGACCAUGUUGGACCAGAUACAGUUGAGGGAGCGUGUGCUCCAGAGGCAGCAGGGUGGCUACAUCCUGGCGGUGGAGGCGGGGCGGAGCCUGCUCCUGUCAGCUGACGCCAGGGCGGAGUCAGCCCUGCAGACGGAGCUGAUGGACAUGCAGGAGUGCUGGAGACAUGCCAACGUCCGAUUGGACGAACAGAAGAGAGAGCUGCUAAGCUUGCUCAAGGACUGGGGCCGCUGUGAGAAGGGCAUAGCUGCGUCUUUGGAGAAGCUGAGGGCCUUUAAGAGGAAGCUGUCCCUGCCUCUACCAGACAACCAUGAGGAGCUGCACUCUGAGCAAGUCCGCUGCAAGGAGUUAGAAAGCAAUGUGGAUGGCUGGACUGAUGACCUCACCUCUCUGUUCCUGCUGAGGGAUUCUCUGGAGGGUGUGGUCAGUGCUGAUGACCUCACAGUCCUGCAGGACCGCCUCCAGCUUCUGCAGCGCCAGUGGGAGGAGAUCUGUCACCAGCUGUCCCUGCGCAGGCAGCAGGUGAGUGAGAAGCUGAAUGAGUGGGCAGUGUUUAACGAGAAGAACAAGGACCUGUGUGAGUGGCUCACCCAGAUGGAGAGCAAGGUGUCUCAGAAUGGAGACAUCAGCAUCCAAGAGAUGAUCGAGAAGCUGCGCAAGGACUACCAGGAAGAGAUUGGUGUGGCCCAGGAGAAUAAGCAGCAGCUGCAGGUGAUGGGGGAGCGCUUGGCCAGGGCCAGCCAUGAGAGCAAGGCUGCAGAGAUACAACACAAACUCAGCAAGGUCAGCGAGCGCUGGCAACACCUGCUGGACCUCAUCGCUGCUAGCAAUUCGCUUCCUCCUAGUGGAGAAGUCUUGAGUGAGAGGACGCCUGUGAGUCACAUGACUAGAAUAGCUGUGACUAGGCCUGUUGGUCUUGGUGUCCGGACAACAGAGAGGGUGAAGAAGUUGAGGGAGACGCUGGUUGCGGUGCAGCAGCUGGAUAAGAACAUGUGCAGUCUGCGCUCCUGGCUCGCUCACAUCGAGACAGAGCUGACCAGACCUCUCGUCUACGACACCUGUGACGCGCAGGAGAUACAGAGGAAACUCAACCAGCAGCAGGACAUUCAGCGGGACAUAGAGAAGCACAGUACAGGCGUGGCGUCUGUGUUGAACCUGUGUGAAGUGUUGCUACAUGACUGUGACGCCUGUUCUACGGAGACAGAGUGUGACUCCAUCCAGCAGGCCACCAGGGGCCUGGACCGACGCUGGAGGAACAUCUGUGCCAUGUCCAUGGAAAGGAGGCUCAAGAUUGAGGAGACGUGGAGGCUGUGGCAGAAGUUUCUGGAUGACUUCUCUCGGUUUGAGGAGUGGCUGAAGACCUCAGAGAGGACGGCUGCUCUUCCCAACUCCUCUGGAGUUCUAUACACCAUCGCAAAGGAGGAGCUCAAGAAGUUUGAGGCCUUCCAGAGGCAGGUCCAGGAGUUUCUGACCCAGCUGGAACUGAUCAAUAAGCAGUACCGCCGACUGGCCAGAGAGAACCGCACAGACUCCUCCUGCCGCCUCCGUGAAAUGGUGCAUGAUGGGAACCGGCGCUGGGACAACCUGCAGAAGAGGGUUGCCUCCAUCCUGCGCAGGCUCAAGCACUUCAUUGGUCAGAGGGAGGAGUUUGAGACAGCUAGAGACAGCAUCCUGGUGUGGCUCACUGAGAUGGACCUGCAGCUCACCAACAUAGAACACUUCUCAGAGUGUGAUGUUCAGGCUAAGAUCAAACAGCUAAGGGCGUUCCAGCAGGAGAUCUCUCUGAACACAGGGCAGAUUGAGCUGGUGUUCAGGCAGGGGGAGGCCCUGAUAGAGAAGAGUGAGCCUCUGGAUGGUGCUGUUCUAGAGGAGGAACUGGAGGAGCUACAGAGGUACUGGCAGGAGGUGUUUGGACGUGUCGACAGAUACUACAAGAAGCUGACACGCCUGCCUCUUGCCGAUGAUGAACUAGACUGUUCUGACCGAGAUCUGGACAUGGACGAGUCGGCUGAUCUCUCUGACCUGCAGUGGGGUGACUCCUCUCUCCCCUGCCCCUCCAGUCUCCCCACCUCGGGCUCUGUCCUCCCCCCACAGGCGGACCGCUCGGGCCGCGACACCCCAGCCAGCAUGGACUCUAUCCCACUGGAGUGGGACCACGACUACGACCUGAGCCGGGGGCUUGAGAGUGCUGGAGGGCGGGGUCUGGGGUCAGAAAGGGGCAGAGGACAGGAGCAGGAGGAGGAGUACCUCAGGUCGGCUGCCGCUGUGUUGUCAGAUGUAGUUAUACCAGAAAGCCCAGAGGCCUAUAUAAAACUGACAGAGAGCACACUGAGAUCCUCCUCUGGUGAGCCAGGUCAGCUGGAGGCCCACCUGAGACAGUUGGACCAGGCUGUGGACUCUGGCCGCUACUCUGUCCAGCAGGGAGAGGCGGCUGCCUGCAGUGGCCAGGCCAGCACCAGCCCUGAGCUGGACUCGACUUACAUGGGCUAUAUGCGUCUGAUGGGAGAGUGUCGGGGCAGUAUAGAUGCAGUGAAGAGGGCUGGAGGACAGCUGACUGAGGAGGAUGAUGACAUGCCAGGACUCACCAACCCCACCAGCACAGACAGCCAGAGUGCAGGUGUGAUUGAGCGCUGGGAGCUGAUCCAGGCUCGGUCUCUGAGGGACAAACACAGACAGAAGCAGAACCUGCAGCAGUGUCACCAGCUGAUCUCAGACCUGCAGACCAUGGGGGCAUGGCUGUGCGAGGCAGAGGCAGAGCUGGGACAGCUACGGGUGCUAGACCUCAGCACAGACAUACACACCAUCCAACAGAGGAUCAGAAAGCUCAAGGAGCUUCAGAAGGCCAUGGACGGCCACAAGUCCCAGGUCCUGUCAAUCAACCUGAGCAGCGCUGACUUCCUCCAAUCAGAUCCCGACUCAAAGGAGGCGUGGGAGCUGAGGGACGGGCUGAAGGAGAUGAACUCACGCUGGGAUUGGCUGGGCUCAUCGCUGGAGGACUGGAGGGCAGAGCUACAGAGGGCCCUGAUGCAGUGUCAGGAGUUCCAUGAGCUGAGCCACGGUCUGCUGUUGUGGUUGGAGAACAUUGACCGUAGGAGGAACGAGGUUGUCCCCAUCCCCCCCAGGCUCGACCGUGAAACACUACGGGCUCACCACAGAACACUCACGCAAAUCAAGUGUGAGCUGCUGGACUCCCAGCAGAAGGCUUCCUCCCUCCAAGAGCUCUCAGCCCAGCUGCUUGUCCACACCCAGGCCACGUCCCAAAGCCAACCCCAGGCUGCAGAGCAGGCCCAGAACCAGCUCCAGGGUAGUGAGCAUCUGGAGGCCCAGGAGAAGGUGCAUGUGAUCGGGAACAGGCUGCGGCUGCUCCUCCGGGAGGUCAGCACUGACCUGGAGGGCCUGGAGAGGAGACUGGAAACCAUGGACACACAGGACUCGCUGCCUUUGUCUGCUGUGGACAAAUCUGACAUCUCUGGAUCCACCAGCCCCGUCUCAGAGGGGACCUCAACGAGUCGCCGGCGAUCGCCCCGGGGCAAAAGUAGUCAUGCCCACCCAGGACCCCCCGAGAGCGGCCCACAUCACAGCUCUCAGAGCGGCGCUGGCUGCGCUUCCUCCCGUUCUGACUUCCCCCUGGUCCCCUCGUCCUCCUCCUCGUGCCCCCCAAGGGGCCAGUCCUUUAUCCUGAGGGUCCUGAGGGCAGCUCUGCCCCUCCAGCUCCUCCUCCUGCUCCUGAUUGGCUUAGCCUGCCUGGUGCCCAUGACAGAGGAGGACUACAGCUGUCACCAUGCCAACAACUUUGCCCGCUCCUUCCACCCCAUGCUGCGCUACACCAAUGGACCCCCACCCAUAUGAGGGUCAUCACUUCCUGGUUCCAGAAAUACUUUCUCAUCUGAAUGAAUGCCCCCUACUGCUGUACACCGGUGGACUCAUGCCCAUAGAAGAGGACCUCCUGGAUUAUAUUAACAUUCCCCCUCCCUGCAGGACUCUCUUCCUCUGCUACACAGAGAUGACAUUCACUCAUUUUAGACUCUCAAACACCUAACAAACCAACCGACUAACAAAAGCAUCCCAAGGCUACAUGGCCUAAACAGCCUCUAUAUGAAACAUGUUGUUCAACAACCAUCUACAAGAUGAAUGGACCUAUACCUUGUUGAUCCCCUUAUAUCCAAAACAAAUCUCUAUUAGUUUUGUAUUCUUUAUAGUAAUCUGUAUUUUAUUUUUUACAGUUUCAGAGGAAACGUCUUGAGUCUGAAGAAAAAACACAGCACUACUUAUAUGUUGGGAGCCAAAGUGGACUGUGCUGUGUGUCAGUGCUGCUGCUAUUUAUUUGUUAACUCAAUCAGCAUUCGGUAGAUGUUAGAAUCAAUUAGGCUAGGGGGCUUCCGGUGAAGUUUGAAUAGCGAACAUUCCCAUUAGUCCUAGAGAUCCUAUAGAGCUAAAAGCUGAACCUAGAGCACUGACAUGGGAGAAAAAUACAGGGACAUGACUGACCUGCAAACACAUGUUGAAAUACCUAAUUGGUUAUAGUUAUAGUUAGUUUAGGGUUAAGGUUAGAAGUUUGGUUAAGAUUAGGGUGAACUUUAGGAUUCGAGUUAUGGGUUGGUAUGCCAGUCACGUCCGUUUAAUGGAAUCCCACUGAGCGCUAUUGAAUGAAGGUACUGCACUGAAGCCGUCCACAAGAUGGCCGACGUCUUCCUCCUCGGGCCAAGACAAGUAUUUAACGUCAAUAUUAUUUCAGUGUUUUAAAGCAAAACAAUCGAUGCAACAAGAAGAAACCAGUAAACUGACUUGUAAGAUUCAGGUGAUUUGUAUAGUGAUGUUUGAAAUGCCUUUGAAUAUGGCAGUUAUUUUUGUUUUAUUAGCAUGCACUUGAAAUCCCUUGCUUUAAAAAAAAAGCCAAACAAUCACUGGUAGUGUUAAGUAGAUGGAUGUCAUAUAGUGUGCUUUGUAAUAAUAACGAUGAUGAUGAUGAUCCUAACUGGAUGGAGACAUCUAAAUCACUGGGCUGUUCAAAAAUGAAACUGUAAAAACAAUGAAAAAUGAAAUGGUUAUUUAUGUAUGUACAGUUUGCUAAUGCUGAGCUAAUGAAUAAUACUCUCUCUUUGCAUAAUAAAAUACAGUACAUAUUAAA